AUGUCCCGCCGCAAACAGGGCAACCCGCAGCACUUGUCCCAGAGGGAGCUCAUCACCCCAGAGCCUGAGCAUGUGGAGGCCACCAUCCUCGAGGAAGAUGAGGGUCUGGAGAUAGAGGAGCCCAGCAGCCUGGGGCUGAUGGUGGGUGGCCCCGACCCUGACCUGCUCACCUGUGGACAGUGUCAGAUGAACUUCCCCCUGGGGGACAUCCUGGUUUUUAUAGAGCACAAGAAGAAGCAGUGUGGCGGCAGCCUGGGUGGCUGCUAUGACAAAGGCCUGGACAAGGGCAGCCCGCCGCCCUCCUCACGCUCUGAGCUCAGGAAAGUGUCCGAGCCGGUGGAGAUCGGGAUCCAGGUCACCCCUGACGAAGAUGACCACCUGCUCUCACCCACGAAAGGCAUCUGCCCCAAGCAGGAGAACAUUGCAGGGCCGUGCAGGCCUGCCCAGCUGCCAGCGAUGGCCCCCAUAGCUGCUUCCUCCUCCCACCCUCACACAUCUGUGAUUACUUCACCUCUGCGUGCCCUGGGCGCUCUACCGCCCUGCUUCCCCCUGCCGUGCUGCAGCGCGCGCCCUGUCUCGGGUGACGGGACUCAGGGUGAGGGUCAGACGGAGGCUCCCUUUGGAUGCCAGUGUCAGUUGUCAGGUAAAGAUGAGCCUUCCAGCUACAUUUGCACAACAUGCAAGCAGCCCUUCAACAGCGCGUGGUUCCUGCUGCAGCACGCACAGAACACGCACGGCUUCCGCAUCUACCUGGAGCCCGGGCCGGCCAGCAGCUCGCUCACGCCGCGGCUCACCAUCCCGCCGCCGCUCGGGCCCGAGGCCGUGGCCCAGUCCCCGCUCAUGAAUUUCCUGGGCGACAGCAACCCCUUCAACCUGCUGCGCAUGACGGGCCCCAUCCUGCGGGACCACCCGGGCUUCGGCGAGGGCCGCCUGCCCGGCACGCCGCCGCUCUUCAGCCCGCCGCCGCGCCACCACCUGGACCCGCACCGCCUCAGCGCCGAGGAGAUGGGGCUCGUCGCCCAGCACCCCAGUGCCUUCGACCGAGUCAUGCGCCUGAACCCCAUGGCCAUCGACUCGCCCGCCAUGGACUUCUCGCGGCGGCUCCGCGAGCUGGCGGGCAACAGCUCCACGCCGCCGCCCGUGUCCCCGGGCCGCGGCAACCCUAUGCACCGGCUCCUGAACCCCUUCCAGCCCAGCCCCAAGUCCCCGUUCCUGAGCACCCCGCCGCUGCCGCCCAUGCCCCCCGGCGGCACGCCGCCGCCCCAGCCGCCGGCCAAGAGCAAGUCGUGCGAGUUCUGCGGCAAGACCUUCAAGUUCCAGAGCAAUCUCAUCGUGCACCGGCGCAGCCACACGGGCGAGAAGCCCUACAAGUGCCAGCUGUGCGACCACGCGUGCUCGCAGGCGAGCAAGCUCAAGCGCCACAUGAAGACGCACAUGCACAAGGCCGGCUCGCUGGCCGGCCGCUCCGACGACGGGCUCUCGGCCGCCAGCUCCCCGGAGCCCGGCACCAGCGAGCUGGCCGGCGAGGGCCUCAAGGCGGCCGACGGCGACUUCCGCCACCACGAGAGCGACCCGUCGCUGGGCCACGAGCCUGAGGAGGAGGACGAGGAGGAGGAGGAGGAGGAGGAGGAGCUGCUGCUGGAGAACGAGAGCCGGCCCGAGUCGAGCUUCAGCAUGGACUCAGAGCUGAGCCGCAACCGGGAGAACGGCGGCGGCGGCGGCGGCGGCGGGGUGGCCGGGGUGCCGGGCGCGGGCGGCGGCGUGGGCGGCGCGGCCAAGGCGCUGGCCGACGAGAAGGCGCUGGUGCUGGGCAAGGUCAUGGAGAACGUGGGCCUGGGCGCGCUGCCGCCCUACGGCGAGCUGCUGGCCGACAAGCAGAAGCGCGGCGCCUUCCUGAAGCGCUCGGCGGGCGGCGGGGACCCGGGCGACGACGACGACGCGGGCGGCUGCGGCGACGCGGGCCCGGGCGGCGCGGUCAACGGGCGCGGCGGCGGCUUUGCGCCAGGCGCCGAGCCCUUCCCGGGCCUCUUCCCGCGCAAGCCGGCGCCGCUGCCCAGCCCCGGGCUCAACAGCGCGGCCAAGCGCAUCAAGGUGGAGAAGGACCUGGAGCUGCCGCCCGCCGCGCUCAUCCCGUCCGAGAACGUGUACUCGCAGUGGCUCGUGGGCUACGCGGCGUCGCGGCACUUCAUGAAGGACCCCUUCCUGGGCUUCACGGACGCGCGCCAGUCGCCCUUCGCCACGUCGUCCGAGCACUCGUCCGAGAACGGCAGCCUGCGCUUCUCCACGCCGCCCGGGGACCUGCUGGACGGCGGGCUGUCGGGCCGCAGCGGCACGGCCAGCGGGGGCAGCACGCCGCACCUGGGCGGCCCGGGCCCCGGGAGGCCGAGCUCCAAGGAGGGCCGGCGCAGCGACACGUGCGAGUACUGCGGCAAAGUGUUCAAGAACUGCAGCAACCUGACGGUGCACCGGCGGAGCCACACCGGCGAGCGGCCUUACAAGUGCGAGCUGUGCAACUACGCGUGCGCGCAGAGCAGCAAGCUCACGCGCCACAUGAAGACGCACGGGCAGAUCGGCAAGGAGGUGUACCGCUGCGACAUCUGCCAGAUGCCCUUCAGCGUCUACAGCACCCUGGAGAAACACAUGAAAAAGUGGCACGGCGAGCACUUGCUGACUAACGACGUCAAAAUCGAGCAGGCCGAGAGGAGCUAA